AGCAGGGGGAAGAAGGAGGUACGGAUUCUGGACACCUGCUUAGGAGGAUGCUGGUUUAUGAAUAAUAGAUUUAAACCUAGGUUAAAGAAGAUCUCUGCCUAGAUUCAAACAUGUGUUAGACCUAAGAAAUAUUGAAAUUGAAACACUUUGUUUGAGUCCGUCAUUAGAUACGGCAACGGCUGUUACCUUCUGACCCAUAGGCAAAGGCUGAUACUGUCUUAUAGGAAUGAUUUUUAAAUAAAGAUGGCAUGGUAAUCGAUCUGCGUAUUUAUAAAUCAAACUCCCGUGCAGUGAUCUAUGCUGAGACUAUGCAUGGGAGUUCGUUAAUAAAUAUUAAUACUGGAUUCUGUUGGUGUUGCCAUCUUUAUAUCGGCCCAGAACCUAUGUUCUGAUUUCUGACCAGUGGUCUUCCAAAAUAAAAACGCAAGGCGUGCAACGUGACCUGUUGUUUGUAUCACUCCAUGUGAUUACAUUUGACCAAUAGCAACAGCCUAUUUAGCUCAUGUAUAUAGCAAAAUAAACGUGAGAUUUAAGUGGAAGCAUGGAUAGAGCCCCGGGCUUGUGUACCUGUACCACCAUUUCAUGAAUUAGCCCCUAGGAUAAGACCAACUUGGUGGAUAAUCAAACCUGUGAGAAAUAAUAUAUAAUGUGCUUUUUUGUCAUAGCUCAUGUCACUUAGGCUAGCUUCUGGUCUCUAUGUAAGCUAGGAGACUAUAAUUGUCUAAGUACGAUCCACAUGAAAAAGAUAAACUGCUAGUUUUUUCUCAUUUAAUAGUAUUAUGGUUAGAUAAUUUCUGAGAUACCUUUUCAAAGAGGAGAAGAAUGUGAAAUUUUCUGUUAGAAUACAAAGAUAUGGUUAAUCCGCCCUCCCAAAGUAAAGAUUUAUUUUUGCGCAAUGCGCAAGCGAUCAUAUUGAUUACAGAGAGUUGCGCCCAGUUUGGUUAGUCAGGUCCCGUGAAGAAGAACGUGAACAUCAAAUAUGGAAAACAACAAUUUAGGCUCGUUAUUUGGUGCGGGAUCUACCCUCAGGUCUUUGUUGGAGAAUCCCAAUCUUGUAGAGUUUGUUGCUCCUGGGCAAAACGCUGGUAACAAGGAGAAAGAUGGCAAGAAGGAGGGUGAUAAUCCUGGUGGCUAUGACUUCAGCUCUGCCUUCCUGGGCCCCAAUCUCUGGGAUAAGACCCUCCCUAUGCCUGAGGGGAAUGACUUCACCCUCGAGUACAUGGAUCUUGAUGAGUUCUUGACAGAAAAUGGACUGGAGAAUGACAUUGAUGCUGCAGGAUCAGCAGAUAGUAAUGAAGGUCCCCAGAGGCCCUUCUGUGGAAGUCCACCUCGCCUGCUAAUCCCACCCUCACCCCCUGCAGAUCACUCCUCGUUGUCGCAGUUCUCACCCUCUGUACUCCCAUCUACAUCACCCCAGGAUGAGGCACCAAAAAGUCCAUCAAGUCGAACAUCAUCACCAGUGGUAGAUGUGGAUUAUGUUCCUAAUGAACAGGAGCUUGCUUUAGCAAACAUACCAGGUCAGGAGGUCUUUGAUCCAAGAAAGCGACAGUUUAGCGAAGAGGAACUUAAGCCCCAGCCUAUGAUAAAGAAAUCGAAGAAGGUUUUUGUGGCAGAGGAUGCUAAAGACGACAAGUAUUGGAAUAGACGUCGUAAAAACAAUGUUGCUGCCAAGAGAUCACGUGAUGCACGUCGCGUCAAAGAAAAUCAAAUCGCAAUGCGUGCAAGUUUUCUGGAAAAGCUCAACAAUGAGGUGAAGGCCACAUUGAAGAAAACAUUGAAGGAAAAUGAAGAGCUCAAAAAGAGGCUUUCAAAGUACGAGCCUGUUUAAUUGUAAACUUCUUUUGACCAUGUAAGGCCAAGCAAGGAUAAAUAGACCUUACAAUAGCAAAGUCAAAGUGUAUAAACAUAUUCUUUCAAAUUCAUAAUUCCAUUUCAUACAUGUAGAUUCAAGAUUUAAGCCAUGUGACAUCCAAAUAUAAUAUUCAUGUUUUAGUGUUUAAAGUCUGUCACAUUUAGCUUACUCAUCUGAAUAUUCAAUAUGUAUAUAGCAUAGGGAGCAUGAUGUAUUGAAAUGAAAGCAUAGAUUUAUACACUUUGACAAAAAGCUCAUAUUUAUGGUGUAUGUAUGUCUCUACCAGAUUUUGUCAAUAUAAGGCCCAUGGCUUUGAUCUCUAACAUCUGGAACUUUUUACAAAUUAUUUUGCCUUAUUUGUCAUUGCAAUAUGCACAAGAUAUUGUUUCUGUAUAGAAAAUUCCCAUAUGGGCCUUUGAAAUGUUGUUUGUGAAUUAGAAUAAGCAAAAAGAUCCCCAGCCAUUUCUGGUGC